GAAGAGACGGAGCGAAGCCAACAGCGAGAGCUCGCUUCCUGCCUCCACUCUCUCUCUGCGAUUCGUCUUCCUCGAGUCGCCGCCGGUCGCAGCUCCUCGAAGCGCCCCCCCGGGAAAUGGAGCCGCUGCAGUCUCACCGCGUCGAAAUGCUGAGCAUCGCCGUCGCCCUCGUCGCCAUCGGAGCCGGCACCGCCUACUAUUUCUACCUCCAGAAGAAACCUAAAGGCUGUCUUGAUCCCGACAACUUCAAGGAGUUUCAGCUCGUCAAGAGGACGCAGCUCAGCCACAACGUCGCCAAGUUUAGAUUCGCUCUUCCUACCCCGAGCUCGGUCCUGGGGCUUCCGAUUGGGCAGCACAUGAGUUGCAGAGGAAAGGAUAGUGUCGGUGAAGAAGUCACAAAGCCUUACACUCCGACCACUUUGGAUUCUGAUGUUGGAUACUUUGAGCUAGUUAUAAAGAUGUAUCCCCAGGGAAGGAUGUCCCACCAUUUCCGGGAAAUGCGCGAAGGUGAUUACUUGGCUGUGAAGGGGCCUAAGGGUCGCUUCAAGUAUCAACCUGGCCAAGUGAGGGCUUUUGGGAUGCUCGCUGGAGGUACUGGCAUUACUCCAAUGUUCCAGGUCGCUAGAGCCAUAUUAGAGAAUCCUGGUGACAAGACCAAGAUUCACCUCAUUUAUGCCAAUGUGACAUACGAGGACAUCCUUUUGAAGGAAGAGCUGGAUAAUUUUGCUCAGAGUUUUCCUGAUCAAUUCAAUGUCUAUUAUGUCUUGAAUCAGCCGCCAGAAAUAUGGGAUGGUGGCGUUGGUUUCGUAUCCAAAGAGAUGAUUCAAACUCACUGCCCAGCACCAGCCAGUGACAUUCAGGUAUUGAGGUGUGGACCACCACCAAUGAACAGAGCGAUGGCUGCUUACCUUGACGAGCUUGGAUACGCUCCCCAGAUGCAGUUCAAGUUUUAGGCACAUGGAACUCCACCUUUCCAUUUGUUUGUAGGAUCAAAGCCUGUCACGAGAUUCAUCUCAGAUCGGAUGAUCAAUUAGCUCAUGGGGAUGAGGGAAUUAUUGAAGUCCAGCUCCGUAAUUAAAACAUUUUUGUCUUGUUGAUGCAGUCUUCAAGUGAUUUGCCCAACAACUUUCAAUGUUCUUAAUCUCCGUUUUUAUGUUAAACCGUGGUAGUGGGCACAUUUAUGGGAUUUCCUCUUAAAGCUAAUUUUGGAGAACUAGAAUAAAGAGAUCCUUAUCCUACA